UCCUUAGUAUCAAGAAUUAAUAUUUCUCUAACAUAUAUAUAUAUCUCGACAUCAAUUCUUGUAUUCUAAAGUCUAGAUAUGACCAUGGAAAACAACGCCGGAGCUGAACCCCAACGUAUUUAUGAAGACUUUGAACCCUACUGCAAAUGGAAUAAGCCAGACACGGUUGAGAUCCAGCUUCCAUCUGGUUUCAGAAAGGAACACCUCAAGGUCCAAACCAAUAAUGUGGGGAUACUUACAAUCCAUGGAGAACGUCCCCUGAGUCUCAUGAACACAUGGAGCCGCUUCCACAAAGAAAUCAAACUUGCAGACAAGAAUUGCGAUCCAAAUGAAGUUCGUGCCAAGCUUGCGGGAGGAGUUCUUACAGUUACGAUGCCUCAGAAAGUUUCCAACGUCCACAUUUCCAAUCCUCCUCCCAAGAACACUACUACUAGUACUCAAAAGGAAAAAAUAGUGGUACCAGCUGAUCAUCUUCAACAAGACAAAACCACAAUUAAAGACCAAAUAAGUGAUUACAAUAAUAAUAAUUAUAAUAAUGAAUGUAAAGGCCAAAGGACUUCUUCUUGUGGUACCAGUACUGCUUUACUUUCAAGAUCCAAAUUAGUGGGAAAAAAUGUUGCGCUCAAGCUUGGGGUGGCGGUGGCAGUGGUGGUGGUCGCUUUUGGUUUCGGGGCACUUGUUGUCAAAUAUUGCAAACAUGGACACCCAUAUUCCUAUUCCUAUUAGUUAUUUGUUUCCAAAAUUAGAUUCAAACUCAUGAU